UUGAGCCUUUUUUUUUUUUUCAUAUUUCUUGAAUCAGAUUUGAUCUAAUUGUGAUUUAAGAUCUAAUGGUGGGUUAAUUUCUGUUUGGCUCUUUUGACAGAAGAAACCCUAGAAACUUUGAUGGGGAGGGGAAAGAUUGUGAUUGAACGAAUCGAUAACUCGACGAGUAGGCAAGUGACUUUUUCUAAAAGGAGAAAUGGGUUGCUGAAGAAAGCUAAGGAGCUUGCAAUUCUUUGUGAUGCAGAACUUGGAUUGAUGAUCUUCUCCAGCACUGGCAAACUAUAUGAAUUUUCUAGCACCAGCAUGAAAUCAGUCAUUGAGCGAUACAGUAAAGCAAAAGAGGAACGCCAUCAGCUGCUCAAUCCAGCUUCUGAGGUCAAGUUUUGGCAAAGGGAGGCAGCAAUUUUAAGGCAACAAUUACAGGAUUUGCAAGAAAAUCACCGGAAAUUGAUGGGAGAAGAACUUAAUGGCUUGGGCAUUGAAGAUCUACAAAAAUUGGAAAACCAACUGGAGAUGAGUUUGCGGGUUGUCCGUAAGAAAAAGGAACAAAUAUUAACAGAAGAGAUUCAAGAACUAAAUAGAAAGGGAAAUCUCAUCCAUCAAGAGAAUAUUGAACUCUAUAAGAAGGUAAAACUCAUUCAACAAGAAAACAUGGAAUUAUAUAAGAAGGCUUAUAGCACGAGGGAUCCAAGUACAGCAAAUGAAAAUGGCUUUCUUCCAUAUAGUUUCACCCUUACUAGGGAACUGCAUGUCCCCAUCCAGCUUCAGCUAAGCCAGACUACGCCUAAUCUUCAAACACCAGCAAGAGAAUCAGAACCGAGGUAACGGUCAGUGAUGGCAAUCCACGAGAAUACAACUACCUGAAGUUGUGACAACAUUGGAACAGAAGAUGUUAACAUAUGAUAAAGAAGGGUUUCUGCAAUUAGUUGGACUUUAAAGGAAUAGAAUUUUCUUUGGACAAUUGUACUAUCAUAUAUAUGGGUAGUCAGUACUCCCAUAAAUAAAAUUAGUGCAGGCAUAAUUCGCGUUAAUCAUUGAGACUGGUGGCUUAUGUGGGAUGAUACCAGAAAGCUAAUGCUUUCUGUUUAUAGUCGAACAAUGUUCAACAGAUUGAGACUGAAUUAAUUACAACCGUGUUUCUCAAUUUCAGUUUAA